GGCCGGCGGGCGGUGGCGCCCCUUCCCCAGGUGUUGCGGCCCUUCCACGUCGCCAGGCGGCCCGCGGCUUGCGCGAGCCCAGGCCGCCCCAGCGUCCGGAGCGCCGGCCUUUGGGCUCCCGCGCCAUGGCCGGGCCGGGCCCCGGGGACCCGGACGAGCAGUACGACUUCCUGUUCAAGCUGGUGCUGGUGGGCGACGCGAGCGUGGGCAAGACGUGCGUGGUGCAGCGCUUCAAGACCGGCGCCUUCUCGGAGCGCCAGGGCAGCACCAUCGGCGUGGACUUCACCAUGAAGACGCUGGAGAUCCAGGGCCAACGAGUCAAGAUCUGGGACACGGCCGGCCAGGAGCGCUUCCGCACCAUCACGCAGAGCUACUACCGCAGCGCCAACGGGGCCAUCCUGGCCUACGACAUCACCAAGAGGAGCUCCUUCCUGUCGGUGCCCCACUGGAUCGAGGACGUGCGCAAGUACGCGGGCUCCAACAUCGUGCAGCUGCUCAUCGGGAACAAGUCGGACCUCGGGGAGCUGCGGGAGGUGCCGCUGGCGGAGGCGCAGGGCCUGGCGAAGCACUACGACAUCCUGUGCGCCAUCGAGACGUCGGCCAAGGACUCGAGCAACGUGGAGGAGGCCUUCGUGAGGGUGGCCACCGAGCUGGUCGUGCGGCACGGCGGCCCGCGGCUCAGCGAGAAGGGUGCCGACCACAUCCAGCUGGACAGCAAGGACGUCGCGGAGAGCUGGGGCUGCGGCUGCUGACGGGGCGCCCGCGGGGGAGGCCGGGUCACCGUCCGCAGGCCUGGGCGUGCGACGGCAGCGCCAGCCUCCGCGGGGGAAGAGGCAGGGGAGGCCUGGUGGCCUGAGUCCGGGUGUGGACCCUGGCGGGCGUCCCCCCAGCUCUGCGCUUCCUGGUUUGGCCCGUGUCACCCCGAGGCUGCUGCACCUGGCAGUGGCCCCGGGUCCUCCCAGGUCCCUCCAGGGCCUCCUGUGCGGCCACGGACCAGGGGUGAUGGCCUGAGUUCGGCCCAGGGCCGCCGGGCUGCCUUCCCUCCCUCGCUGCCAGCCCUCACCUGGCUCUGGCCAGCUCCUCCCCAGAGGGCCCUGCCUCUCCCAUACCCCCAGGACCAGUGGGGGCACAGAACCCAGCCACUGGUCUGGGGGCCGGAGCGUCUCCACUCAGGCUACUGAAGCCGAGGCUCCUCUGGCCCUGGCUCUCAGCAGGUCGGGGGAGCGGGCGCGAGGUGGGGGGACGGGCAUUUCAGGGGCGAGUGGAGGCCACCCCGGCUCACCCUCUGUGCGGAGAUCCCCACUGCCACGGUCAGAGCACCAGCGGCCCUGCCCUGCCAGUCUAGCUUAGGGAAAGGGCCCAGCCGCCCGGGGUCUGGGCCCAGCACCCUCGUGGCCUUCGGCUGGGGCUGAGGUCAGAGCGACAGCGGGGCCCUCGGAAGGAGCACCGUCCCCUGGGCUGGGGGGCGAGUGGUCUCCCCUGGCGGCCCCCAGCCCCUCCCCCCUCCCUCCUGCCAAGCGUGUCCUCUCUGCGGUCAGGCUGCCGGCUCUGGUCCCUGAGGAACGGAUACUGGCUCGGUCGGGCCGGGAGCUGCUGGCAGGGGUCUUCCCUGGGGGGUCAGCCCACUAUCAGCCGGGUGGGCUGGGAACUGGGAGUGAGAAGGCUGCCCACUUCCCUCCUCUGUCCCGCUGCUGGGUGGGGCCUGGCCCCUCGGCCUGUGCCAGAGAAAGCGCCUGCGCUGAGGUCUCAGAAGGGCCCCUCGGGCCAAGGGCGGAGGUCCUCCAACCCCAGGACCGCUCUGCUCAGGGCUGAUGUUUGGGCGGAGAGAGAAGGCUGCCUUGCAGAGGGCAGCUGCUCCGCUCCGGGGGCAGGCAGGGCAGCCCAGUUCCGGGAAGCACAGGUGCUGAGCCCGGGCCCAGGGCUGCCUCAGCGUGGGCUGCAGGGACCACCCAGGGGGACAGCUGUCUGGCGCCGCGGGCCAUGCCCGCUGCAGCCUGGAACACGGGGUCGCCUCGGGCUCCCCGCUUUCUUUCCCCACCCCACUGCCACGUCCCUGCUGCCCCCUCCGCCCAGAGCGGCCCUCCCUCCCCGGACGCCUCCCUGAGCUCCUUGGCCUGAGCUUCCGCUGCAGGCGGACACCCCCGCAUCCCCCCCACCGCUGAUGUCAGGGGCGCUGUGAAAGGUCCUUCCCCCACCCGACACCUUCCGGCCCCGGCACCCUGGGAUGCAGUCCACCCUCACGUCUGCCCCAGGAGCAGCCUCUGCAGGUGGGCCCCGCCCCGCCCCCUGCUAGCCCCGCUCCCCCGCCCCGCCCUUGAGUCGGUGUCAGUCAGCCCACGGUGAGAAUGCGUUCCUGCGAGGUUCCCGGUCCUCGGACGCCCAUGCCGGUGCUCCGGGUGUGGCCUGGGCAUGCUGCUGGGGGCCUGCUUGGGGGUGCCCGGCAGGUGGGGCCCUCACUGCCUCUGGGCCCUGGGCCUCUGUAAGAAGGCCCUGGACUUGGAUGAGAGUUAAUGGGGAAGUGUCUGAGACCACACGGCCCGCCUCUUCCCAACAGUGCAAUCACUUCCUUUGUUUAUAAAUUACCCGAGAUCGGGAGCAGGUGGGGUCCCCCCACCCCCCACCCCCCGGGGCUGCAGGAGAGGAAGUGUCCCAGCCGCCAGCCACCCCCGCGGAGGAGGCGGUCUGUGGUCUGGGCUGAAGGAGGACCAGGGGAUGGUGGGGUUUAUAUUCACGGGAGGAGGGCUGGCAGGCCAGGGACCCCCGAGCCAGAGCGGUGGGUCCCUGUCCCAGAAGCAGGGUGGGGAUUGACCCCAAGGACACAGGCCCCAGCCGGCCCGGAGCUGGAGGAAGCUCCUAAUUCAUAUUGAAUUCAGUUACUUCUCCAGGGAAGGCAGCGGGGCUGGGGCCUCAGGGACCCCGGAGCCUGCAUUGGAUUGGGGCUGGGGAGGGCCUGAGCCCAAGGAUGCUGUUGCAUUUGGAAAUUUUUCUCAUUGCCUAUUUAUGAAUAUAUGAAUCUUUAUAGCAAAUCUAUUUUUUAAAACAUGGAAAAAAGUUGCCUUUAUGGAGACUUAUCAGAGCCAGAGUGUACACAUUCCUAAACCAUUAAACGUUUCUCUAACGAGC